AUGUGGUUCACGCUCCUGUUUUCUCUAUUCGUUAACCGAAGCUUGUCGAAUGCCUCUCUGCCCCUCUCACUCACCCUCCGCGAGGGUACCCGGCCGGGAGAUGACGAUGGGGGGAGUCCAAUCAGCGAAUGGUCGUCUACAAUCGGCAUCGUCACCGCAAUUGUCGGUAACGUCUUGAUAUCCUUUGCGCUGAAUAUUCAACGUUACGCACAUAUUCGAAUUGCACGGGAUCAGGAACGAAAACGGAUCGAGCGUGGGUGGAAAAUAGGGAAUCCUGAUCUAAGAGAUGUACAUGGAGAGGGCGGGCAGUCAGCUGGAACCUAUGGGGCUGUUUCCCAACGAGCUGGCAGCUUUGGAGUUCAGGACAAUAUAGAUAGACGGGUGGAUGACGUUGCCGAUAUACGCCCCGAAAUCCAUGACCAGAAUGCCUGUCGCCGUCAAAUACCCACUGCUCGCCAGUCUUCCGAUGGGCCUGUUAGUGGCCACACGGACACUGACGAUAGUGACGAUGAUGGAACCGAUCGUUUGAAGCAAUCGUUUCUCUCGGAAAGAACAGUCACUUCGUUAGAAAAAUCUUCCAAGUCAAAGGAGCGCAAAUCCUAUCUCCGUUCUCCGUAUUGGUGGACCGGCAUCAUACUCAUGACAAUAGGCGAGGCUGGGAAUUUCCUGGCUUACGGAUUUGCGCCUGCUUCCAUUGUAUCACCCCUUGGUGUCGUUGCGCUUGUGUCGAAUUGCGUUAUUGCUCCGAUUAUGCUGAAGGAAAGGUUUCGCCAGCAAGAUUUUUGGGGCGUCCUUGUUGCAAUUGCCGGUGCAGUGACGGUUGUAUUGAGUGCCAAUACGUCCGAAGAGAAAAUAGGCCCCGAUGACAUUAUCGGGAUGAUUACCAGAUGGGAAUUUGAACUUUACCUCGGUUUGACGGUUGGCCUGAUUCUUAUUUUGAUGUGGUUUAGCAAGGAGCAUGGACGGAAGACGAUUUUGAUUGAUUUAGGGCUGGUUGGGUUAUUUGGGGGAUAUACGGCGUUAGCAACCAAAGGCGUCUCCUCAUUGCUUUCAUAUACACUCUGGCAUGUCAUUACCUUUCCAAUAACUUACGCUCUGGCCGCCGUUCUCAUUGUCACUGCCAUGAUGCAAAUUCGUUACAUCAAUCGAGCGUUGCAACGGUUCGAUUCGACCCAGGUGAUCCCCACACAAUUCGUUUUAUUCACGAUCUCGGUAAUUGUUGGCAGUGCUAUAUUAUAUCGCGACUUUGAAUCGCUUACCCUGAAGCAAGGCCUCCAAUUUUUUGGAGGAUGCGCGUUAACUUUCCUGGGCGUCUACUUGAUUACAAGCGGGAGAUCUCAGGGCGAAAGAGGCCCCGAAUCGGAGCAAGAUGAGGAAGAAGCGAUUGGAUUAUUACAGGGCACACCAUAUCGCGAUUCGCUAGAUUGGCAUGAUCAGUCAGACAAUAGAGCAGUUCCUCGAGUCGAGCAAGCUCUACCCACAGAGGAGGACAGGCAGUCGCGUUGUGAAUCUCUCCUGAGCGAACACGACCUUCAAGAUGAUGAUGAAGAUACACUCCGCACUCCGCGUGCACAAUUAUCCAGUUCUCCUGCUUCUGUGCCGCCUUCAAUAUCUGAUACCUCUCUUUUGGAACCGCCAGAAGCUAGUCCCGAAUUACAUGUUGCAAGUCGCUGGACUCCACACCGUGAAGAGUUUGCUCGAACUGUAUCGGCAGACGCGCGUCCCGGCACUCCGCCUCCGCGCUCCAGCGUGAUUCUCCAAUUCCCUACAGCGCCAGGCGCAACCGAAUCUCCCCUGGACACGCGGUUGAUAGCAACUCCGAAAUCCGAUGCAAAUCGGGUCCGUCCACGUAGACAUACGAUUUCACGGACUCCAAGAUCCCCGUCGCGAAAUCGCCUUUCUCUGCGAUUUUCACCAGGGCCGCUUCUCCCGCCACUUUCGGGUGGGUUAAGCGCCGUUGUGGCGGAAUCUCUACGACGCGGCGAGGGCUCUCCGAAGAAAUAUCAGCGAAGGAAACGGAUUAUAUCAACGCCAGAUGGGAGAGCAUCCGCAGUAGACGGGCAUGCAGAUCACGACGUCGAAUACGAAUCCGAGACGGGCUUUUUUGGGGAUCUUGGCAACCGACAUCACCAACCAUAUGGCGAUGAAUUGAACCGCGCCAGCACUCUCGGUCCUCCCGUAACAUUCCGACUUCCUCUCGCGCCAAACGAUCAAGAUAAUAUCGCCUCGACGCCACCCGAGCGCAAUGACGAGAGUCCCUCCCACCGCGGUCACGGCAGGAAAGACUCUUGGACUGACAAUAUCACUCGUUUUAGUGCUAGUUUGCUUGAAAGUGGGCGACGAUGGGGGAGAAUGCUCAAAGACGACGGCCAUGGUCAAGAUAGCCCAUCUGUUGAAACCGACGAAAAUGACCAAGGCCGAAGCAACCAGUCCACUGUACAAAGACCCUCGCUAUAA